AUAAAGAGCUACGACAAAGAAACAGUAGAAAAAGAGACAAAAAAAUCAAGAAAACAAGAAGAGAAGAUAAAGCAGGAGGCGAACAAUAUAUAAGAAGAAAAAAGUAUAGAGAUGAAAAAAACAAAAAAAAGGCGAGAGAGAACAAGAGAAGGAAUAGAAUAGAAGCAUACAAAAAAACAGCAAGAAAGAAAGAGAAAAGAGAAAAUGAAAAAGGAAGAAAUGAAAAAGAAAGAAGACAAGAAAAAAGAGAAACAGGAACACGGAAAAAAAAAGAAGGGAAAGAACAAGAAGGAAUAAAUAGAGAAGUGGAAGCAAAGAUAGAAAAAGAUGACAAGAAAAUGCGGAAUAAAGAACAAGAAAAUGAAAUAGAAAAUAAUCGAAAGCGAGACGGAAAAAGACACAUGAUAGAAAAGGAAUCAGAAAAUAAAAGAAACAAGGAACAUAAAAAACGAGAGAGCUGCGGAAGAGAAGGAAAAGACAAGAUAGAGACAACAGAAAAGAAAGGAGAAAAAAGGAAAGGGAAGGAAAGGAAAGACAAAAAAGAGGGACGACAGGUAAUGAAGCGAGAAGGGAAAGCUAAGGGCACAAGUAAGACAGAAAGCAAACAGAAGAAGAGGAAACAAAAAAGUAGGAAGAGAGAUACAGACGCAAUAGAGGAAGAAAGAAAGAGGAGAAAAGAAAGAAGAAGAAGAAAGGGAAGAAAAGAGGAAACGCAGGAGAAAAAGAGGCAGAAAGGGAUAAAAAAAGAAGGAAAAAGGCAAACGAAGGCACAAGAAGCGCAAGAUAUACAAAAGAAAGAAGGAAAAGAACAGAAAACGAGUAGAAACAAGGAAAAGAAGAAGUUAGAAGGAGAUAGAAUUAAGGAAGAGGAAUAUACAAAGCAUUGUAUGGAGGAAGAGAAGGAAGUAGGAAAGAAAGAAGAGGAAGGAACUAACAAAAGAGAACAGGAAGAGACAUCACUAGAAGAAACAGGAAAGGCAGGAAUGAGCAAUAGAAAGAAGCAAGAAGGAAAAAGAAUAAAGGAAGAAGAUAGAAAGAAAAUCAGAGAAAAACAAAGCUCAGUGAAAAACAGCAGCGAAUUAAACACAAUGAGUGAGGAAGAAGAAGAGAGAAACAAUACAGGAGAAGAUAUUAUAAGAAAACAACUAAGUAGAAACGAAGGAGUAACGGGAGGAAACGAGAUAGAAGAAAAGAAAGGCAGAACGAAUAAUGAAGAAAAACAACCAAGCAAUAAAGGCAAGGAUAAAACGACAGAAGAAAUAAAGCGAGAAGAAAAAGCUAAAAGAGAAACAAUGAAGCAUGAAAGGAGGGAAAAAAGGAGACGAAAAGGAAAUCAGAAAGAAACAGGAGGAUUAAAAUGCUAUGAAGCAAAGAGAGAACAAAAUGGCAGGAAGAGAAGAAAGCACGAGAUUGCACAAGGAAAUAAACGACAAAGUUAUACACAACAGAGAAUGCAGGAAGUAGAAAUGGAGAAAAAGAGAAUACCAAACAAGGAACAGAAAAUAGGACAGCUAGAAAAGAAAAGAAAGGAAAUGAGAAUAGGCGAGAAAGACAGCAAGAAAACAAUAAAUAGAGGACCAGUAACUAGAAGCAAAGAGAACAGGAGAAAGAAAGAAAACAAAGAAGCGACAAAGAAAAAGCAGAAGAAAGACAUAAGAGAUCAAAUACAAGACAGGAAUGAGAAGGCCGAGAAAUGUAGGAAAGAAAGAGACACUCCAGGCAGUAAGAACGAAGAGGAAAGGAGGGAUAUAGACAGAGAGCACAAGAUGAAAAACAAUAGCAAAAAAUAA